AAUGGAGACAGAGAAUGUCCCGAUGAUUGUGCAGAGCAACAUGAGGAUAAACAAGAUGACUUCUACUCAUGCAACCUUGAGCACCUGCCCCCUUUGAUAUUGACAUGCUUGCUUCCGCAGUCCUAUCCUAGCAAAGAGCCCCCGUAUUUCAGGGUCACCGCUAAAUGGAUGGAUGGGCCUAAUUGUUUGAAGCUCUGUGAAAUGCUUGACAACAUCUGGACAGAGCUGCCAGGGCAAGAAGUGGUGUAUCAAUGGGUUGAGUGGAUACGUGGUUCUUCGUUGCCGCACCUCGGGUUCGAUAAUAGAAUAACAUUAGGUCCAGAUAUUUGUACCCACAUGGGAGAUAAACGUGCGAUCUCGAGAAGCCUCUCAUUGGAGUCUGUAAUCCCUUCAAUGCUCAGCUACAGUAGUAACAAGUGCAAUCAAAUUUUUCUUGAGGAUCUCCACAUGUGCAUGAUUUGCCUCAACCAGAGUAAAGGUUCAAACUUCAUCAAGCUUCCGUGUGAGCAUAUGUUUUGUUUCAAGUGCAUGGAGACCUUAUGCAGGAUGCAUGUGAAGGAAGGUACUUUGUUCCAGUUGGUAUGCCCUGACACUAAGUGCAGUGCUUCGAUUCCACCGUAUUUGUUGAAGAGGCUUCUCGGCGAGGAAGAAUUUGAACGCUGGGAUAAGCUUACUCUUGAGAAAGCAUUGAACUCGAUGUCAGACGUGGUCCACUGUCCAAGGUGUGCAAUCAGUUGUGUGGCAGAUGAAUAUAGCAACGCGCAAUGCCCAAAAUGUUUCUUGGUAUUCUGCUCGCUGUGCAAGGACCCACGCCAUCCAGGGAAGCCGUGUCUAACUCUGGAAGAGAAGUUCCAGCGACAUCAGGCAUCAGGCAAGAUGGCCGCAAGGGGGAUGGUGGAGGAAAUGCUGAGCUUACAAAUGCUAUACAGUGAUGCUAGAUCAUGUCCCAAAUGCAGAAUGACCAUCAGCAAAACUGAAGGAUGCAACAAAGUGGUGUGUAUCAGCUGUGGUCAGGCAUUCUGCUUCAUCUGUGGCAAGGCUAUCAUCGCUGGCUAUUCCCAUUUCGAACGGAACUGUGACCUCUAUGAGGAGAAAGAAAAAGACACAACAGAUUGGCGAAAGAAAUUGGACCAGCUAGAAGCUAGAAACCGGCGACGAGCUCAAAGUCAACCGGUAGGCAGUACUGUAAAAUGUCCAAAAUGCCGUCUAAAGAUUCACAAGGCUAAUGAAAAAUAUAUUUUCUGCUGGUCGUGCCAAGCCAGCUAUUGCACGUUGUGCAGAAAGGAGGUCCAGUUUAGUGGGUUUCGGAGCGAGCACUGGGGUUCACCGCAGUGCGUGGGGAUAAAGUUCUAGCGCAAAAUGACCGUUCUUACAAUUUUGCAGAAUAGAUUACAGUUUGUA